UUUGUGAGGAAAGUCUAAUUACUUCAGAAAGUUAAUGUUGGCGUCACUAGAAUUUUAACUCAGUAAACACGCCGUGCUGUUUACCCUGCUUUUGUGUACUUCCGGUUUCUAAACCCGGAAGUGUGAAAAGAGUCCCUUCUAGUUUGUUUACAUUCCUUCUCCAGAACUGACCCGCUUGAACAAUAAUCUCCCUGACAACAGUGGACAGUGUGUCGACAAUUUAACGAUUUGCAGCCGUUCUUUGUUUUUUAAAGGACCGCAAUGGAUCUUCAGGAAUACUUCAGAAGGAUCGGGUUCGGCGGGACGUACGAAAAACCCGAUCUGGCCACACUCCGCACCGUCCACGAGCUGCACGUGAUGAGCGUUCCCUUCGAGAACCUCAGCAUCCACUGUGGAGAGAGGAACACCAUGGACCUGCAGAUCAUUUAUGAGAAGAUUGUGAGAAACCGUCGUGGAGGAUGGUGCUCUGAAAACAACCUGCUCUUCUCCUGGGUGCUGAGAGAGAUGGGCUACAAAUACACCACGCUGGGCUCUAGAGUCUUCAACACGCUCAAAAAUGACUUCAACCCCUUGGAUUCACACCUCAUUAACAUGGUGGAGAUCGAAGGCAAGCCGUAUAUCGCAGACGUGAGUUUUGGAGUGUCCUGCCAAAUCUGGCACCCGUUAGAAAUGAUCGCAGGGAAAGAUCAAGAGCAGCCGGCGGGGAUUUUCCGCCUGUUGAACGACGGUGAGAGGUGGAUGCUGGAGAAGACUGGAAGGAAGCCGCUGGUCCAGAAUGAAGCCUUCACCAGUUCUAGCCUUGUUGACAAGCGCCUGACGAAGACGAUAUACUCUUUUGUGUUAACACCACGCGGGAUUGACCAUUUUCUGAACACAACCGAGUACCUGCAGACCAGCCCCGAGUCUCUGUUCACCCAGAAAUCCAUCUGUUCCCUCCAGACCCCCACUGGAUUCAGAGCUCUGAUUGGUUGGACCUUCAGUGAAGUCACAUUUAACCCUGAGGAAGACACGGACAUCAUCGAGAUAAGAGAUGUAUCUGACAGCGAGAUAGAGACUAUACUCAAGGAAAGGUUUAAUAUCGUUUUGCUUAAAAAACUGACACCAAUAAACAGCAAAGCUGCAUAUAAACUGUAGGACAUUUAUAACACAUAUAUCUAAAGACCUCGAUCAGGGCAUCCCAAGCUUUUUUGGUGACCCCAAAUGGGCAUUAUGAUUUUUCUACCACCCCAAGCCUUGAUUGCUGUACAUAUUUUUAAUCAUUUAUAUACCAGUAGCAUAUGUGUAACAUAAGUGACUAUAAAUGAAAGGAGCUUAUGUUACUUGGCACAACUUUGUUUGAAAGAGCACUUCGAGAUAGUACCUUGCCUAUCAAUUUCUGUGUUUAAGUAAUUAGUGCAAACUGAAUAUAAAGUUCAGAUGAGGUUCAGUGUGUGCCAGAAUGUAAUGAGUCCAGGAAAGAAUUCUGGUUAAAGAGGAAUAUGGUGUCAGGAAGAAAUUGCAGGCAGUGAUUACGCUUUCAAAAAUAGCUCUGUAAAAGUGUAUAAGGUUAAUGUAAGAAAUCUGUACUGUUAUUAUGUAUGAUGUAAAAAUGUUCAUGUAAGUGUGGCUUGUUUGAUCGUGACUCCCAGGAACAUUACAAAAUUGUAACCUACAAAAUCCAUCUUCAUAGUUAGAGUGAUAUUCAUAAUCUUACUUUGCACAAACCAAAAAAAAAAAUCAGUAAAUGAAUGAAUAAAACAAAACAGGACACUA